AUGGGGGGACCUGGCCUGGCUUUCCUCCGCGAGCCCCCAAAAUGCGGCCGGCACCCCCCCCCCCCCCCCCCCCCCCCCGACAGCCCCGCUGUGAAAUUUGGGGACCCCUCCCCUUCCUCGUCAAAAUUCCGGCGCUGUCCGUGUGUCCAUGGCCCUGUGUGUCCACCGCUGUGUCCAGGGCCCUGUCCGUGUGUCCAGUGCUGUGUCCAGGGCCCUGUCUGUCUGUCCAUACACCCAGCACUGACCCCUUCCACACCCAGCGCCCGGCGUGGCCUCCCACCGCGUCCCUCACGUCCGUGUGUCCGUCCCGACCCCGUCCCUCCCCUGCUGACCGCCGCGUGUCCCCGCAGGGAGGAGCAAUCCGAGGAGAACCUGCAGCGGCCGCCCAAGGCCAAGAAGCCCAAGAAGGAGCGCAAGGAGCCGGAGCAGCCCGCGGCCGAGCCCGCCGAGGCCGGCAAGGCCGAGAGCUCGGAGGGCGCCGGGGCGGCGCCGGCGGCGCCGGAGGCGUCGGCGUCGCCGAAGCAGCGGCGCUCCAUCAUCCGCGACCGCGGGCCCAUGUACGACGACCCCACGCUGCCCGAGGGCUGGACGCGCAAGCUCAAGCAGCGCAAGUCCGGCCGCUCGGCCGGCAAGUACGACGUCUACCUGAUCAACCCACAGGGAAAAGCCUUCCGCUCCAAGGUGGAGCUGAUCGCCUACUUCGAGAAGGUGGGGGACACCUCGCUGGACCCCAACGACUUCGACUUCACCGUCACCGGCCGGGGCAGCCCCUCGCGCCGCGAGCAGCGCCCGCCCAAGAAGCCCAAAUCGCCCAAAGGCCCCGGCACCGGCCGCGGCCGGGGGCGGCCCAAGGGCAGCGGUGGCGGAGGCGGCAGCGCCCGGCCCAAGGCGGCCGCCGCCGUGUCCGAGGGGGGCUCUGCGGCCAAACGCGCUCUGGAGAAGCCCCCCGGCAAGCUGCUGGUGAAGAUGCCGUUCGCCCCGGGCCAGCCGGGCCCCGCGGCCCCGCCGGCCCCGCGGCGGCCAGGAAAAGAGGGGAUCAAAUGA